AUGAAUGGUAAUGCAUAAGGCAACAAUACUUUGUAUGUAUAUGUAUAUAUAUAUUACAUACAUAUAUAAAUCAUAACAUAUAAUUUCUGUAAUAUAAUUUUCUAUAAUUUAUUAAAAAAUUGACAAAACUUAUUGAAAUUUUUAUCAUUUCAGAAAGGUAUUGUAUGAGUCAAAAAAUAGAAAAACCAAUAUUAUCAGGUCAACGCAUAAAGACCAGAAAAAGAGGUAUGCUCGAGAAAACAUAGGAUUUCUUAAAUAAUAUAUUUAAUUGUAAUAAUAUGUCCUUUUAGAUGAAAAAGAAAAAUAUGACCCUAUGGGAUUUCGAGAUGCAAUUUUACUUGGUUUGGAAAAGGCUGGUAACGACUUAGAUGCAAUUUCAAAGUACUUGGAUGCAGCUGGCUCUAAAUUAGAUUACCGCAGAUAUGGAGAAGACCUGUUUGACAUCUUAAUAGCUGGUGGACUUUUGGUUCCAGGCGGUUCUAUUGCUCAAGAUGGUGAUAAACCAGUUAAAACCACCGCUUGUGUUUUUGAACAACCGGAAGAUAUGGAAUCCAUGCGAAAUUUUGAACAAGUUUUCAUUAAACUUAUGAGACGUUAUAAAUAUUUGGAGAAGAUGUUUGAGGAGGAGAUGAAAAAAGUAUUGGUUUUUAUGAAAGGCUUUACUCCUAAGGAAAGAAUAAAAUUAGCUAGAAUGACAGCUCUAUGGAUAUCCAAUGGUUCUGUUCCACCCACUGUUUUAUCAGUUUUAAUUAAUGAACAUCUGGUUAAAGAUAACUUAGCGUUAGAUUUUCUAUUAGAAGUUUUUGUGACUUGGAGGCAAGAGAAAGGUCUAUCAAGUUUAAUGACUGCUUUGAAAAAAGGGAAUAUUGAAGGAAGGUUAAUGGAAUUUGUACCGCCUAAUAAACGAACUGAAGAGUAUUUUCGAUCUGUAUUUGAAGCUGUUGGUCUUGCAGACAUUGUAAAAUUGCAUAAAGCUCAAGCAAGCCAAGAAGCAAAACGAGAUCUGCAACAAUUAUUAUUGGAUGACUUGGCGGAUAAUCGUCCUUUGAAAGACAUUAUACUUGAUCUCAAAGAAAUGGCACAAAAGAGUGGUAUUCCGGAGCAUGAAGUUAUUGGCCUGCGGAUGUAAUAUCAGAAGAAGUAAUUUUGAAAUGGUAUAAGGAAGGCCAUUCUGUUAAAGGAAAAAUGCUAUUCUUAGAUCAAAUGAAAAAAUUCGUUGAAUGGUUACAGAAUGCAGAAGAAGAAUCUGAAUCAGGAGAAGAAGAAGAUUAAAAAUACAAAAAAUAAUAUAAGCUUCAUUAUCAAAAAAUAAUAUAUUUGGAUUUUAUCCAAAGUUUUGAAAUGGAUCAAAAUAUGAACAGCAAUUGGAUUAUAUUGGUAAAUAGAAAUUUUGAAAAAAUAAAGUUUGUAUCAUUCUGAGACACACUAUAUCAAGACAGGUACAUGCAAUUUUUUAAUUGUUAAUGAAUAAAAAAAACAUUACAUCUAAUUAGCGAAGGAGAUAAAUUGUAAAAUUUACAGUGUCUUUAAAUUGUAUUACUUUAAGGAAAAAUAUUUUGUGUUACAUUUUUAUAACACCGCUAUAAAAUAUAUACAGAAUAACAAGUUAAUGAAGAAAAGAUCUUUAUCCCUGUGUAUGUAUAAUUUUCAAACCCACAUUCUUUGUAUGAUAUUGUACUAGUUUUUAGAAAAUAUAUUGUCAGGUGGUGUUUAAUA